AUGCUUAUCGACGGUGGAGCCAAGGGUUCCCAACGGCCUGGCAACGAACGGACACGACGGUGGUCCCAGUUUCGCCACGAGACGAUCCCCGAGGAUUACAGUGAGCUUCCCCUUUCUGGAAUCCGAGUCGAGGUGGCAGGGAUGAUCAUAUUCAGGGCUGGAACUCCAGCCCGUCACCCUCCCUCCUCUGCUUGUGCGUCCGGAGACCCCAGUGCAACGCUUGUGACAGGGAGGUCUACCUUCUGCAUUGCGACAAGACCGAUAUCAAAGGUUCUGGGACGCGGUAGGAGGGAUCGUGAGAGGGUGGUGAAAAAGACCAACAAGAGGGAAUCACAGCGUCUAUCCCAGUACAUGCAGAGACACAAACUUCCUUCGAAGGAGGACGGCUAUCCCGCACCCAGACUAGGCCUACUUGAGCAAAUGUCACGUGAUGCCCAAUACUUGCUUGAUUUCCUAGUCCUGGGCCGAUGGGCGGAAAGGAAAACCCCACCUCCUCCCACUCCCUCCCACUCCUCCUCCCGGCCACCUACCGGGGUCCAGUUGCAUUCGGCACCCACUGACCCAGGAACCCACAAAGUGGAUGGGCCUUCAGAGAUGAGGGAUCCUGGUGCGCCUGGCGACGAGGAGAUCAUGCCCACCAGCUGCUGGACUUUCCCGUCGACCAGGCAGGGCCGCCAACACGCAGGAAACCGCCUGUUUAGGAGAUCAAGUGCGCUUCCGCUGGUGAUGCCAAGCAGUUGGGCCCUCGAGUGGCUUGAUCCAGUAUGGCAGGUCCAAGAUACCAAUAGCGGGGAGACCUCUUUUGGGGACUUUUUUGAACGUCAGCGAAUGCGGCUGCAGUCCUCGCGAGAUUUGGUUCUGCCAAUGAAGAAGGAGCAGCCCGUCUCUCACACGCUUUGGUCGAUCGAAUCUCUGAUGAAUAGAGUUGGCUCUGAGCAGGCAAUAUGGCAGUGGCGGGGAUGCUGGUGGCAUGGCGAGUUUCCGACUCCGUAUACGACUACCAAUCCGGGGAUCCCUCUCGGCAUUGGCCGUGCACUGUCGCGUGUGAAAGUGCUGGCCUUUCACUGUGCUCCCGCCAAGAAGCAUAUUUGGUGGGACUGGCAUGUGGGAGGGAGCCGCUCCGGAAGAAUAAGGACAAGAAACUCUGUCCUGGCUUUCCAUUGUGAUGGCAUCGAUCAAUCGAUCAUGUCGCUGUGGAGUAUCAAGACCUACACAACCGUACCCGUACCAUUGCUUGGAUUCCUACGAAUGGGCUCUCGGUCGUUGCAGCUUAUCACUGGUUACAUUGCUGCGCCGCUUCGCUUCCCUCAGCUGGUACCUUACUACGUAGGCACGACAAUGCAAAAGCAAAAGCACCUCACCAACGCACGAAGAGACGAGCUAGUCGGAAGCCACGACGUUACACUACAACUAUUCCAGCGGUGUUUGCCGCAGCCAGGCGAGGGCGGGAGGCACCGUCAAAACGGCGUCGAAGAAGCACGGAAGCUCGCGGCGAUGACUCAAAAAGGAUAUGAUCUAAGGACCCUGGACGUGGCGUCCCUCUCCCAAGAACCCCCAAGACCCCUCAAGCUUUGCCCAAGCCCGCUGCCCAAGACUUUCACGACAUCCCCCCAGGUCUCCCAAGAGCGUCCAAGACGUCCAAGACCUGCCAUCAAGAAGGACAAGAAAAUCAAGAGAUCUUGCCCGAAAGCUUGUCACUAUCCGGGGAAAUGCACACCAUCUCUGCAGCCUGAAAGAGAGGCGCUGAAGCUACCAGAGCCUCACGCCCAUCCAACACCAGAGUUGACUCUUGAGUCUCCCCUGCUCCGUUACGGAGACCAACCCCUGUCUGUCUGUCCCUUCCCCCUCUCUCUCCCCCAGCCCAUCUCUCCAACUCUUAUCAGCCAGAUGGACGGGGGAUUUGCAACCGAAUUGACCACUCAAGAGCCGUGA